CUUUUUCCGGCAUCCGGGCCUGAAGGGGCUGCACUGAAGACCGGCGAGGAGCAUGGAGGCCCACGGCGAAUCCCAGUCCGACGCGAGCUGUUCGUCGUUUUCCCGGGACGGCUCCGGGGUCUCGGUGUCCAGGGAGCUGCUGAGGGCGGGCAGCGGAGGCCGCGGAGGUAUAUGGGACAGGUUGCUCAUCAACUCCAAGCCUAAUUCCAGAAAGAAUUCCACUCUUCAAACAGUUCGGAUAGAGAGGAGUCCCCUAUUGGACCAAGUACAGAGCUUUCUCCCACAGAUGGCUCAAGCAAACGAAAAGCUAAGGAAAGAAAUGGCAGCUGCACCACCUGGUCAUUUCAAUAUUGAAAAUAUUGAUGAGACUCUUGGAAAAGUUAUACAAAUGGAUGUGGCCUUGUUUGAGAUGAAUCAGUCUGAUUCCAAAGAAGAGGACAGUUCAGAAGAGAAUUCACAAGCCAGUUCAGAGGACAGUUCAGAUUCUGAGGAUGAAGAUGAUAGCACCUCUUCUGAAGGUGAAGUCACCAUCGAUACCAUUAAGCUUCCUCAUUCAGAAGAUGGAAAAGGCAAAAUAGAGGUUCUGGACCGUCCUGCCAGUGAAAAAAAAGAAACAGGGAAAUAAACAAUCUGAGAAACAGCCUACGACAUCUUGUAAAUACUCUGAAGAUAAUUCUCCAAGUUCCUUCUGGUAUUUUUCAUUGAGAAUUGGAAAUUGACUGUGCACUCAGAGUAUGCAGAAGUGAACAGAUCUGGAAACGAGACCUCUCAUCUGCAAAGGGUAUUAUGCUGUACUUUGUAGCACCAAACACAGCUGUGAUGAAUUACUGGUGUGAAUAUUUAAGGAUUGUCUUCUACCAGAUAAUAUUUAUGCCACAUUGUGGGAAGAGUUGCAUUUGUCUGGUUCACUCCUUAGCUUGGUGCAUGGUACACAGUAGGCACCGAAUGAUGUAGAUAAAUGAAUUUACAGGUAUAUUGAGGAUGUACAGGGCAUUUGAAGCAUUGUAACCAUGCGGAUAUGAAAGUGUAACUUCACCGGAAAUACAAAGCCAAAUAGAAAUAGUCUGAUGGUCAGUGAAAGAGACUAGUCAGUCUAGAAAUACAUUUGUAUAGAAUACAUAUAGAAUACAUUCUACACAAAUACAUUUGUGUAGAAUUAUAUUUCUCUCCUGCCAUGACCUCAUAUAAUACAACUAGGUAUUCUAUACAGUUAAAGAAGUCAACAGGGGCUUCCCUGGUGGCGCAGUGGUUGCGCGUCCGCCUGCCGAUGCAGGGGAGCCGGGUUCGCGCCCCGGUGUGGGAGGAUCCCAUGUGCCGCGGAGCGGCUGGGCCCGUGAGCCAUGGCCACUGGGCCUGC